AUUGUUUUGACAUUUAUACGCUACAUAAAAGUUUACGUUCUAUAUCCAUGUAUGCCAACGUUUGGUCGUUGAUUGAGUUGUUAUUUUAUGUGUAUUGAUCUGUGUAAAUUAAAUUUACCUAAGAGUAAACUAAAUUGACAUUAAAAUAUUGUUAUUUGGGGUUACAUCUCGACUAUAACUAGAUUGUCUGCAAUUCCUGAUUGAUUGUACCAUUGAAAACCUCCAGUAAAGAUUGCGUAGUACAAAAUAACUAUUCCAACAUGGCGUUUGCAGGUCUAAAGAAACAGAUAAAUAAAGCAAAUCAGUAUGUCACAGAGAAGAUGGGCGGUGCCGAGGGCACGAAAUUGGAUUUGGACUUUGUGGAAAUGGAAAGAAAAACGGACGUGACAUGCGAACUCGUAGAAGAAUUGCAAACUAAAACAAAAGAGUUUCUCCAACCCAACCCGACGGCGAGAGCUAAGAUGGCAGCUGUUAAAGGCAUCAGUAAACUGAGCGGACAGGCGAAGAGUAACACAUACCCGCAGCCGGAGGGGGUACUCGGCGAUUGCAUGUUACAUUACGGCAAGAAGCUGGGCGAGGAUACUAUAUUCUCACAAUGCCUCAUCGAGAUGGGCGAAGCGUUGAAACAGAUGGCCGACGUAAAGUAUUCUCUAGACGACAAUAUCAAGCAAAGCUUCUUGGAACCUUUGCAUCAUUUGCAGACCAAAGAUUUGAAAGAAGUUAUGCACCACCGAAAGAAAUUACAGGGACGCAGACUGGACUUCGACUGCAAACGACGUAGGCAAGCUAAAGGUGAUUGCCCUGGUAGGGCAAGCCCUUACAUGAGCCCAAGUCACGGUGCUUCUAGACAGGGUGCUCACAUUCCAGAUGAUGAGAUCCGCCAGGCGGAAGAGAAGUUCGCUGAGUCCUUGCAGCUGGCUCAAGUCGGAAUGUUCAACCUGCUUGAUAGUGAUGUAGAGCAAGUGGCGCAGCUGAGUUUCUUCGCGGAGGGUCUGCUCGAGUACCACCAGCAAUGCACGGAGAUCCUGAAAGGACUCGUGUCCACUCUCAUGGAGAAGAAAGAAGAAGCAGUGAGUCGUCCAAAGAUGGAGUUCGUACCGAAGACCCUAGCCGACCUCCACAUCGAGGGCAUCCAUGACUUGAACCAUGGUAGGCGGUACGGUUCCACCCAGAGCCUCUCCCGUCCCCGCCAGCACAUUCCCCCCUCCUCCUCCGUCGGCGACCUCAGCACUACCGACCCGUUCAAGGCGUGGGAGGCACAGAGCAAGCCCCAAACCAGGCCCGCGCCCGGGUUCAAACCCCACCCGGCGCCACGCUCACAGCUCAAUGGAAGGGAUCCGUGGACAGCAUCGCCCCUGCCGUCGCCGGUUAAGUCUCCUGCGCGAACACCGAUGGUGCCAAACAAGGCGCCAUGUUGCACCGCACUCUAUGAUUUCGAACCAGAGAAUCAGGGCGAAUUGGGAUUCAAGGAGAACGACGUGAUCACCCUGAUCAGCAAAGUGGACGAGAACUGGUUCGAGGGCUCUCUGAACGGCAAGUCCGGCUACUUCCCGAUCAGCUACGUGCAAGUGACCGUGCCGUUACCGAACAUGUAAUCCCGCACCACACGUCACUCGACCAUCCCACGGUGUAACACCACUUAUUCAUACACCAAAUGCACUUACGCACAAUCGCAUUAUUGAAAACGAUUGCUGAAUAAUAUAAGACGUAAUACUGUUUUUUGUCUAAGGAUAUUGAUGUCGAUAUAAUUAGUAUUUUGCUUUCGUUAAUGUUAAUUAUUGUGACUUGAAUUCUGACUUGUUUUAUCUAAGACAUCGUACAGUGCUCAAUAUGAUUCGAACAUAAAUACAGUAGUGUUACACCCUCCCAUCCAAAACAUCUCGUAUGUGUUACGCAGUAUUAUGUAGAAGUUUAUGUGUUUGAAUCUAUUACUGUGUCAAAAGCUCAAUGUAAGAGUAAUAAUAAAUAUUUUUAUCCCUUUAUCCGUAACUUAAAAAUUAUAAAAUGAAUUUAUUAUGAAUACAGAUUUCGAUAUUUUAUAAAUCGUCUUCCGAUUUAUUUUAAAUACUCAAUUUUUUCUCGCAGCAUGGACGUUGUUUUUGUACAACUUUAUAUUAGUGAGUUCGUUAUUUUUAUACCAAAGACGGCAACACAUACACAUACAAGGCAUGAAUUAAAAAUGAUUAUAUCGAUUUUAAUUGUAUUUUUUUAAUUAAUUUCGGUAAUAUCAUCUGUGCUGCGAUUUUUAUUCGCAUAUUCUAUAAGUUUCAUGAAAUUAUAGUUUUUAUUCUAUUAAUGCGGAAAGACAUAAUUUUAGAAUUAUUUGAUAGAUUUAUUAUUGUAAAUCAAGUUGCCAUUUUACAUUAUGACUAAUUUAGAAAGUUAUGAAUUGGGUUAGUUGGGAGCAAAUAGCUAUUAAUUUUGUAUUAAUUUAGUUAGUAUUGGUUUAGCAUUUUAUGACACACCACUUCUCCAGUUACCCGAGAAACGACGUGUGACGCAUACGUGACGUCUGACGUCUAAACGCGUCACUGAAUUGUAUUUAGAUACAAGAGUUUGCGCUUGUUCGCGUCGCUUCAAACACGCGUGUGAUGAGGUACUAGAGAGGUCAACUAGAUCUCUCCAAUUACAGACCUAUGUAAAAUUUCUAAAUGUGGAAACUUGCAAGUAACGGUCCAUUAGCCUACAAAAUACAUACAUCAAUUGACAUGUAUAAAAUGUUAAAUCUUUUAUAUCUGCUUAAAUAUAGUUGAUUAGAGAUUACUGCAUAUGCACAAUAAACGAAAUCAUUAAUGAUUCUGAUGACUAAUUGCCUUUACGUACAGACAUUAGUCUACUAUUAAAAAUUAGUCGUCAUAUAUUUACAAAUUUAUUGUAUAAUAUCCAUCAAUGAUUACACAAUUAAAUUAUUAAUGUUUGCUUGGUUUUGCCGUGUUUACAUACUUAUUAAGCAAGUUUUCACGAUUAGAAAAAGUAAAAUGAAGAAACGCUACUACUAGGAUCGCAUAAGAGGAUCGGUGUCUCCAGGCAGCGUUACAGUGAAGUGAUAUUUUGAACCAAGUGUGUAUAUUAGUUAAUUGCAUAUAUAUUUUUCUAGAUAUUCUGCAAUGUGUAUAGUUAUUUCUGUAUUGUAUGUGUUGAUUCGAUCGUUUAUCACCCCCAAUCAAAAGGGACAAGACAUAAUAUUUAUUAGGAUUACGAUGUAACUAGUUAAAGUAUGAGAUUAGAUUUUAUAGUUAUAUCUUGCGGGUAAUAAUUUAUCUGAAUGGUGAAUGUAUACAAUGUAACGUAUAUUAUCCGUAUAUAGUUUGGUGGUUAAAGGUGUCAGAAUUGUUAAAAUCUUGCCAGGACACGUGGCGUCUCUGUUUGAUGUAUAUGGCAGGUUAAUAGUAUUCGUAUUGUAAUGUCAUUUUGAUAACCGUAAUUAUAAUGUUUUCCGUACAGCUAUCCGUGUUGAAAUUUACAAUAGGUAAAAUAUGUUUAUUUCCAUAAUUAUGUUAAGUAUUCAUGUUUUUGCAUAAUAAUAAUUAAGUUAUUUACCGAGACCUUGCAUUUUAUAUUUCAAUGCAUGAUUUAUACCAAAAAUAUGAAUUCGUUGUAAUAACAAAGGCCUCCGUUUGUUAGUAAUCAUUUUGUGUGUACUCAAAUGUGCACUCGGUAGCUAAGAUUUGAAUCGUCGUCAUGUUUCAUGUGGUCUAAUAUUGAUGUUGCAGUAAUUAUGAACAUUAUUUCAUAUAAAAUCAUCGCAUCUUCGUCUUAAUGUAAACGGACCCCAUUGUAUCACGUUUCUGGCAUACAAAAGACAAUACCUAGAUCUAAUGUUAGUUGUAUGUAAGUUCAUAAAUUAAUUGUUCUAUCUUCAAGUGUCUCUUAAUGUAAGUAUUUUGAGAAAAUAAUCCUAAAUGUUACGAUGGUGUAUAGUUCAAUGUGGUGCGUUCUCACUUCUGCAGUACGGACUCGCGCCGUCGAGGAACACUCCACACCUCACUGUGCACGUUCAUUCUAAAUCGAUCGUGAACAAUGUGUAUCGUUGGAUUUUACUGUUGUUGUGUUUAAUUCUAAUUGCUUCAUAUAUCUGUAAUAUCUUGUUGGAAGAGUGGAGCCCGUCUAUUAGUGACUUCUUGAAUGUUAACGUUGCUUUACUAUGUGUAAAUGGUUAUUGAGGAGAGCAAUUUGCUUGUUCAAACAUUAUCGAGACGUUACUCCUAGAGGCGUCAAGAGACAAGCGAAGCUAAUUAAAGUUGUAUAACACGCCAGUGUAGUAUAUACCUUAUUGAUACUAAGAUAUAAUGAAUGUAUUGGCUCUGAUAAUGUUUACUGAUGGUGCGAAUACAUGUCGGUUACAACGUAUUUCUCGUUCAUGUUACUGUAAUCUUAAAUACUGUAAUUUCAUAGAUUAACUUGACGAUUUACCAAAUGUAAUGCAAAUAUUAUUGAUUUGUAUUAAAAUUUAUCCCAAAACUUAUUGCUCGUUUUCGCCUCCUAAUAAAAUGUUAAUUAAA